GAAAGCAACGCAAGUGUUGAUUUGCAAUUGUAUGAUAGAAAUGAUAGAAAGUGUUUCUCGGGAAUAAUAUCUGAACAAGAUGCAAUGGUUCAACUCGAAGCAGCUCUCGGUACGUCAAGUAAUGAAGUUGAAAACAACCCCGCAAGACCAGAUGAUCCACAGAAGUUGCAAGAACUUAAACCGAUUCGCAGCCAAGGUGUCGUCGCUAAUUUUUAUACUUUAAGAAAUGAAUAUCAAGAGCAGGAAUAUCCAAUUAAUAAUUAUCCACUUAUUAGAGGAAUAAUGCGUGUAGAACAUGAUCACGGAAAAAGAUUUACUAAUGGACAUGCCCCGCUGGCCAAUGAGAAGAAUAAAACUAUCGAUAAAGCCGGUUAUGAUCCUGUAAAGGCGAAGCUGGAUGAUCCCGCGUUCCGGACUCUGAACUGUGAAUCCAAAGAAAAAAAAAAAACUUUUCUUUGGUAUUCUAAGUAGAGUUUACCUGCAUUUCCAACCCAUGUAACAAAUAUUACUACAAGUAUCAGUCGAAGGCGUUAGCCAUCAUACAAAAUGGCCUAACCCUCUAGACUGAUAUAUUCAAAGUGUAGUAAUAUUUUUGGAUUAUAAUAUAGGUCCGGCAAUGUCCUAGUGAUGAAUUGCUGGACACGGAAGUGGGGUCACACCUGCGUCGCCAAACUGUCGCACAGUCCUCAGUAGAGGCGCUGUUUUUCAGUGUAGUCAGCUUAUGCGGUUUCGAAAGAUCCCAUAAUUAAAUUUAUCCCAUCACGUUUUAUCCGUGUGUCCAACAAAUCUCUAGAGUCACCCACCGAGAUUUGAAGAGUCCGAGCUUCAGUGAGAGGCUACACCAUCACUGUCUUUCUCCCAUGCAGAGACAGUAAGAUCAUGGGAAUAAAAAAUAAAUGACUCAAAACGUAACUUGAAAAAAAUUUAUAUUUUUACAUACAUUUCUAAGAGAUGAAGAGAAAAGUAAAGAACUUGACGUGAAAUAUUUAUUUUAUAUGAAGAGCAUCAAGUCCAUCAUAUGUAAAUCUCUAACGCAUCGUCAACUGUACCAUCAUUCGUCAUUGUGUUAAGUUUCUGCUCGUCCAUCAUAUUUCACAGUGAAUAACUAUAUAACAUAUUAUAUUUGCUAAAUGAAAAAUGAUAGACUGCGGUAAAAAUAUAUAAAAAUA